CAAGCGGGCGACGACUUGCUCAUCGCUGUGGCGCCAGGAAACAGCUGCCCGCCCUGCAGGAAGUGGACAAUAAAGGACAAAAGUAGGCUCGGGGUGUCUGCCACCAGACAAAGUACAUCUGGCAGAACACGCCGGAGCUAAAAGCGAACCAGCUCCAGCGCAGCAUCUGCAAGUGAGACGGAUGUAAACGCGUCUGGGCAGCCAGCCCCACCCCCGUCCGUCACCCUGGGCUCCACGGAGGCGAGCGGGACGCCAUCGUCAGCCAUGAAGCUGGUGAACCGAGGAGGGCGAGAAGGAGGAGAGAAGGCGGCGUUCUCCUUUAAGAAGUGUUCGGCUUUUCAGUUUGUCAAGAGGAAGGUGCGCCGUUGGAUGCAGAAUCCCAAAGUGAGCGUGGAAAAGGCGCAGGGCAAACGCGUGGCCAAGCGCCCGCCGGCCGACGAGCCGCGCCACCCCCUCUCGGCCUCGUACGGCUGCCACCACUACGCCGGCACGCCUUACGGCGGCUGCGCGGCCCACCGCUACCGUCCCGACGCCGCCUCCGAGCCCUCGCAGACUUACGAGAGCAAAAGCUGCAAGGUGAGGAGGUGGAAGAUGCCCACGUGUGCACACAGCAAGGCCAAGAGCGACAAUGACGUGGGCUGUUGCCAGUCCUGGGGGGGCGGCAUCCACGGCGUUCACAGCAUCCGGGCCCCGCCCCCCUUCGUGGUCAGCCCCAUCAUGCUGGAGUGCAGCGUGUGCAGCGGGCCCUACAUCGACUACGUGCCGGACGAUAACUGGCAGCCGCGCCAGCGCGCGCAGGCCGUGGACUUUUACUACCACAACGAGUGGAUGGAGCCGGACGGCUACUGUUGCCCCGGCGACGGCGCUUUCAUGAAACAGCGAAGGAUGGGACUGAACGACUUCAUCCAGAGGCUCGCCACCAGCGCCUACACUUGCAAACAUGCGGAGGUGCAGUCCAUCCUGAACCUGAGUCCUCCGCAGGAUGCUGAGCUCAUGAGCACCACCCCCUCUCCACCCCCCAGCCCAACACAACAGAUCAACCUGGGCCCAUCGUCCAACCCGUCAGCCAAGCCCAACGACUUCCACUUCCUGAAAGUGAUCGGCAAGGGUAGCUUCGGCAAGGUGCUGCUGGCCCGCCACCGUCAAGACGACCGCUUCUAUGCCGUCAAGGUGCUGCAGAAGAAGGCCAUCCUCAAGAAGAAGGAGGAGAAGCACAUCAUGUCAGAGAGGAACGUGCUGCUGAAGAACGUCAAGCAUCCUUUCUUAGUGGGCCUGCACUACUCAUUCCAGACAGCUGACAAACUCUACUUUGUCCUCGACUACAUCAACGGAGGAGAGCUCUUCUACCACCUGCAGCGCGAACGCUGCUUCCUGGAGCCCCGCGCGCGCUUCUACGCCGCCGAGAUCGCCAGCGCGCUGGGCUACCUGCACUCGCUCAACAUCGUCUACCGUGACCUCAAGCCCGAGAACAUCCUGCUGGACUCGCAGGGCCACGUCGUGCUCACCGACUUCGGGCUCUGCAAGGAGAACAUCGAGCCCAACGGAACCACCUCUACCUUCUGCGGCACGCCCGAGUAUUUAGCUCCUGAGGUUCUCCACAAACAACCGUACGACCGCACGGUGGACUGGUGGUGCUUAGGAGCCGUCCUGUACGAGAUGCUCUACGGCCUGCCUCCCUUCUACAGCCGCAACACGGCCGAGAUGUACGACAACAUCCUGACCAAGCCUCUGCAGCUCAAGCCCAACAUCUCCAAUGCCGCCCGCCACCUCCUGGAGGGCCUCCUGCAGAAGGACAGGACCAAGCGGCUGGGCUGCGCCGACGACUUUAUGGAAAUCAAGAACCACAUGUUCUUCUCGCCCAUCAACUGGGAUGAGCUCAACGCCAAGAAGAUCACGCCACCCUUCAACCCCAACGUGACGGGCCCCAACGACCUGCGGCACUUUGACCCGGAGUUCACAGACGAGCCGGUGCCCAACUCCAUCGGCUGCUCGCCCGACAGCGUGCUGGUGACGGCCAGCAUCACGGAGGCGGCCGAGGCCUUCGUGGGCUUCUCCUACGCACCUUCCAUGGACUCUUACCUAUAGGGGGGGGGGAACUCUUGUCACUUUGCAACAAACUGCUGUGUGUAAAUAUUCCACAAAUGGACAACACAAACGACUUGCGACCAAGUUGCUGACCACACAUUCCGCCACGUAGCCACCGUCAUCAUUCCUCUUUUUCUUUCCUUUUUUUUUUUUUUGUAAAUUUCACAGGUUGAAGAAAGGAGAUCGCUGAAUGUUACAGAGUGGCCGUUUGUUGUCAAUGGUGCCUUUUAGAGGGGGGGGGGGGGCUGUGAUGGCCCGCUUAAAACGAGGGCGCUGCAGCACCUUGAAAAUGCAGCUGAUCAUUUUGCGCACCAAAAUAUUGCAAAUGGUGAACAACAGAAACUUGCUGCUAUGCUGCCACAACGUGCAAACACAGCGCCCUAUACGUGUCAUGGUCCCAGUUUUUCUUUUCUUUCGGUCAGCGAGCAUUAAUUCACUAACGAUUCUGUACUAGUGUGCUCGUCAUGUUGCUGAACGCUAUUUAAGUUUGUAAAUUGCCAGUGGAGAUGUGAGUGUGAAGAUGUGCUCGUAUAGUCUGUAAUGUAUGUAGAUGAGACGAGCGUUGUUUGCAAUAAAAAAUGGAGCUGUU